AUGGAUGAUGCUGGUAAAAUCACUUCCACAAGCCAUCUCAUAGUGAGCCCAGAUGAAGGAACCUUUUUGGACCUGUUCAAGCACAUUGUGCUGAGUGAUUUGGGCAGUGGAGCCAAAUUCUUUAGGGCUUCAGAUCAGAGAGUGCCUGCUACGGCAGCAUAUUAUAGCAGGUGGCCUGUUUCAGUUUUCAUUUGCAAAAUACUUCAACUUUUCCAGAUGCCAGCCGCGAUGCUUGGUCAUCUUACUGAUUUCUUGCUCAACUUCUAUUAUCAGAAUCAUGGCUUCCUUGGCAUACUCAGAAACAUCUUCUUAAUAAGACUGAAGAUACCAAAAAGAGGUGAAGCCGACUUUAUAAGCACGAUAGGGUAUUUAGAUUCACGAAUGGACCUUCACGGGACGCCAAUGGUGUCGCACCAGGCAGACGAAGUGAUUUCAAAUGCAGAUAAUCCAAGCCUGAAAGAAGGGCACAAUUCAAAGAUAAAAGGAGCCCUUGGGAACCGAUCUCUCAUGGAUCUUUGUAUCAUGGCGUCAAAGCUUGCUUAUGAAAAUACCAAAGUUGUUGAAAGAGUAGUUGCCGAACAUUGGAAGAUGCAUUUCGUGGCUGACUAUGGGGGCAUGAAUUAUUUCCAAGAUGCAAGGAACACUCAUGCGUUCAUCUUUUGUGACAAGCCAAAAGAUGCAAACUUGAUAGUGAUCAGCUUCAGAGGCACAGGACCUUUUAGUAUACCAAAUUGGUGUACUGAUUUUGAUUUCUCCUUAGUUGGGUUGGGAGACGCAGGAAGUGUCCAUGUUGGAUUCUUAGAAGCAAUGGGUUUGGGUCACAGAAAUUCUAUUUCCAGCUUUGAGACUAGCAUUAACACAAAGUCGCCAGGAAGCAUAACCGAAUUAAGGAAAGAGUCCGAGAUGGCUCCGGACCACUUGGUAUGGGCAUAUGAUGGUGUUUACUUUCUUGCGGCAUCGACGCUCAAGGGAUUACUAAAAGACCACAAGAACGCAAAAUUUGUAGUCACUGGGCAUAGCUUAGGUGGUGCACUUGCUAUACUGUUCACAUGCAUUCUUGAGAUACAGCAGGAGACAGAGGUGCUUGACAGACUGCUAAAUGUAUACACAUUCGGACAGCCUAGGAUUGGGAACUAUAAUCUUGGUUACUUCAUGCAGAACCGUCUCAAUUUUCCAGAACGUAGGUAUUUCAGGGUGGUUUACUGCAAUGACAUGGUUCCUAGGGUGCCUUUCGAUGAUGUCUUCUUCACUUUCGAGCAUUUCGGAACCUGCAUUUACUAUGAUAGCCGCUUCUUUGGCUACUUUACCAAAGAGGAGCCCAGCAGAAACCCUUUCGGAAUAGAAAAUGCCAUCAGUGCGCACAUCACCGCCUGGUGGGAGCUCUGGAGAAGUUUCAUAUUAAAUCACGUAUAUGGCGCAGAAUACAAGGAGACCUGGGAAUCCAGAAUGUUCAGGAUAUUGGGACUGUUUCUCCCUGGUGUUGCAGCUCAUAGUCCUGUGAAUUAUGUCAAUUCUGUCAGGCUUGGAAGGGAGCUUGCAAUUCCCUUGAUGUCUCUGAAAAUGAUGGCACAAGGUUACUAG